AAAAUUCCACUAUAGCGUAUCUCAAGAUUCAAGAUCUCCUUCUUCUUCAGCUCUCGUCAUCAUCAUUCUCUGCUUCUUUUCAUUUGCUCCUGUUAACAAAUUUGCCAACUUUCUUCCAUUUUCGAAUCCCUCUUAACGCAAAGUUAGGUUUUUUGUUAAUUCAUUUCAUUGCUUGGAUCCUAAGGAAAAAAAAAACAGAAAUGAAAAAACCCAAAUUGUCGAAAGUGGAAAAAAUCGACAAGAUUGAUCUGUUCUCUUCACUAUGGAAGCAGAGAUCGGUUCGUGUAAUAAUGGCAAUAGGGUUUCUCUAUCUUGUAAUUGUCUCAGUAGAGAUACCUCUCGUUUUCAAAUCCUGGUCCAGCAGCUCCGUGCCUCUUGAUGCUCUUUCUCGACUCGAGAAGCUCAAUAACGAGCAAGAGCCCCAAGUCGAGAUUAUCCCUAAUCCUCCAUUGGAGCCAGUUUCGUACCCGGUUUCGAACCCGACCAUUGUUACCCGGACGGACCUUGUUCAGAACAAGGUCCGUGAACAUCAUCGGGGUGUUCUCUCAAGUUUGAGAUUUGAUUCGGAAACUUUCGACCCGAGUAGUAAAGACGGGUCAGUGGAGCUUCACAAGUCAGCUAAGGAAGCUUGGCAGCUAGGUCGCAAGCUAUGGAAGGAGCUUGAAUCUGGAAGGCUUGAGAAACUAGUGGAGAAGCCAGAGAAGAACAAACCGGAUUCAUGUCCACAUUCUGUUUCGCUAACCGGGUCUGAGUUUAUGAACCGGGAGAACAAAUUGAUGGAGCUGCCGUGUGGUUUGACAUUGGGUUCACACAUAACUUUGGUGGGGAGGCCGAGGAAAGCUCAUCCCAAGGAAGGAGAUUGGUCUAAGUUGGUGUCUCAGUUUGUGAUAGAGCUUCAAGGUUUGAAGACUGUUGAAGGAGAGGAUCCUCCUAGGAUUCUGCAUUUCAAUCCGAGGCUUAAGGGAGAUUGGAGCAAAAAACCGGUGAUUGAGCAGAAUAGUUGCUAUAGGAUGCAAUGGGGACCUGCACAACGUUGCGAAGGAUGGAAGUCAAGAGAUGAUGAAGAGACUGUUGAUAGUCAUGUGAAGUGUGAAAAAUGGAUUCGUGAUGAUGACAAUUACUCAGAAGGGUCGAGGGCAAGAUGGUGGUUGAAUAGACUUAUAGGAAGGAGGAAAAGGGUCAAAGUAGAAUGGCCGUUUCCUUUUGUGGAAGAGAAGCUGUUCGUUCUAACUCUUAGCGCCGGUUUAGAGGGUUACCAUAUCAAUGUUGAUGGAAAGCAUGUUACUUCUUUCCCUUAUCGCACUGGUUUCACCCUUGAGGAUGCAACAGGGCUAACAGUAAACGGAGACAUUGAUGUCCAUUCUGUUUUUGUUGCCUCUCUGCCAACAUCACAUCCUAGUUUUGCUCCCCAAAGGCAUCUCGAAUUGUCAAAGAGAUGGCAGGCUCCUGUAGUUCCCGAUGGGCCUGUGGAGAUCUUUAUAGGCAUUCUUUCCGCAGGCAAUCAUUUCUCUGAGCGGAUGGCUGUGAGGAAAUCCUGGAUGCAGCAUGUUCUUAUUACAUCUGCAAAAGUUGUUGCUCGUUUCUUUGUGGCGCUGCAUGGGAGGAAGGAGGUGAAUGUGGAAUUGAAGAAAGAAGCGGAGUAUUUUGGGGACAUUGUACUUGUUCCUUACAUGGAUAGCUAUGAUCUUGUCGUGCUGAAAACUGUUGCCAUAUGUGAACACGGAGCUCUUGCAUUCUCUGCAAAGUACAUAAUGAAGUGUGACGAUGAUACAUUUGUAAAACUUGGCGCGGUGAUCAAUGAAGUGAAAAAAGUACCCGAAGGUAGAAGCCUGUACAUUGGUAACAUGAAUUAUUACCACAAACCUCUCCGUGGGGGUAAAUGGGCAGUCACAUAUGAGGAAUGGCCAGAGGAGGACUAUCCGCCCUACGCAAAUGGACCCGGAUAUGUUCUAUCUUCUGACAUUGCGCGCUUCAUCGUGGACAAGUUUGAGAGACAUAAAUUACGGCUGUUCAAGAUGGAGGACGUGAGUGUGGGAAUGUGGGUUGAGCAUUUCAAGAACACAACAAACCCAGUGGAUUACAGACACAGUCUGAGAUUCUGCCAGUUUGGUUGUGUUGAGAACUACUACACAGCUCAUUACCAGUCGCCAAGACAGAUGAUAUGCUUAUGGGAUAAGCUCUUAAGACAGAACAAGCCUGAGUGUUGUAACAUGAGAUGAUGAUACUUGAGGAAACAGUUGCAUUUUCUGAGAUCUAAUAUGCCAUCAAGCUUGCUGUAGAAAGCCAGGAAAAUUUUGCAAGCGUACCACACAGAGAGAGAAAGAGAGCCAGGACUUGGUUCGAUUGGUCUGCAGCCUUCUGAUCUGUUAAAGAAAUGGAGAGAACAUGGAGUAGGGAAGAACACGUAGGGAAUUUACUUUAUUUUUAUUUGUAUAAACCCAUUUCUUAAUCUAAAUGGAAAUUUGUUUUCUCUCUGUCUUUCACAACAUGAUCAACACAGAGCAAAAAACAGUUUCUGGCCUAAUUACUCAUAAAAUUGGCUCUGAGGGAAUAUUACAACAACAGCCAGAUCAGACGAUGGCAAAGGAAAGCCUCUAUCUGCUUAUGAAUUGUCUGUGUCGUUAUCAUCACCCUUAAGUACUAUAAUCUAAGGAUUUGUGUAUCGUUGGUCUCAUUCA